AUGACGGACGAAAAAGCACGGGAAUUGGGCCCUGAAGCGCCAGCCGCCACUGGACCGGCCGUAGGACCUCCUCCCGACGGCGGCCUCUGGGCAUGGCUCCAAGUUGUCGCCGGCCAUCUCGUCGUCUUCAACGUCUGGGGCUACACCAUCAGCUACGGCAUCUUCCAGCCCUACUACGUGGAAACGCUCAACCUGGGGCCCUCGGCCGUGUCUUGGAUCGGAAGCAUGCAGGCCUGUCUCAUCUUCCUCGUCGGCACCGUUUCCGGCCGCGCCUUUGACGCCGGAUAUCUCAGACACGUCCUGGCUGCGGGUCUGCUGAUGCAGCUGGUGGGCAUCUUCACAACGAGCGUGUCGACCAAGUACUGGCAGCUCUUUCUCGCGCAGGGCCUGUGCCAGGGCAUCGGCUGCGGCCUCACGUUUGCGCCAACAAUUGCCCAUGUGUCGACGUAUUUCUCCAAGAAGCGGAUGCUGGCGCUGGCGAGCGCGGCUUGCGGCGGUGCCACGGGAGGCGUCAUCUUUCCCCUGAUUGCGCAGCAGCUGAUGCCCAAGAUUGGUUUUGGAUGGACGGUGCGAGCAAUGGGGCUGGUGGUGCUGGUGGCCAGCGGCAUUAUCCUGUUGCUGGUGAGGCCGAGGCUGCCUCCGCGCAAGUCGGGCGCUCUGGUGGACUGGGCGGCGUUCAAGGAGGCGACGUAUGUGCUGUUUGGAAUCAGCAUGUUCUUCACGCUCUGGGCAACCUAUUUUGCGUACGACUAUGCACGCUCGUACUCCAUCGACCGGCUUCACGGAUCUCAGUCAACGUCCUUCAACAUGCUCAUGAUCAUCAACGUGGUUGGCGUUCCGGGACGACUCAUACCCGCAUACCUGGCCGACCGAUACUUUGGCGCCGUCAACGUCUUCAUCCCCACGAUUGUCUGCACGGCCAUUUGCAUCUUUGCGUGGGCAGGUGUCGAUUCCAUCAGCGGAGACUAUGCCUGGGUUGCCUUUUUUGGAUAUUUCGGCGCCGGCGUGCAAGCUCUGUUUCCAGCGACUACGGCCAGCCUGACCAAGGAUCUGAGCAAGGCCGGGGUACGAAUCGGCAUGAUCUUUUCGAUUAUCAGCGUUGCGGCACUGACGGGGCCGCCAUUGGCAGGAAAGCUGAUUGUUGUUGCGAAUGGGCGUUAUAUCGGCUCGCAGAUCUGGGGAGGUGUGUGCUUGCUGAUUGGAGCUGCGUUUCUGAUGGCUGCGAGGUGGACGAAAGAGCGGGAGCUGAGGAGCAAAGAGGACGUGGCGUCUGCAUAA